AUGCGGUUAUUAUUUAGUUUAAUUGUGGUGAUUUGUGCUGUCGAUGCAGCCAAAAGGUUCGAAGGAACUUUGAGGUCAGCAGCCGAUGCCCCUCCUCAAGACAACCUAGCUGUUGAGUCGGGAGCACCCGAACCUGCUAUCGUUGCUGCACCUCAAGAAUACACUAACCCUGGCGCACCACCUCCUGAAACCGUGAAGAAUGCUGAAGAAAUAGAAGAAGAAAAAGAAAAAGAACAAGAACAAGAUAUCGAGCCACCAGCGUCCGCUCCUGAAACCGCAUCAGGUGGAGUUCCUCCGUCAGCGCCUAGUGGAAUUUCUGCUCCCUCGGCACCCGCCAAUUCCCUCGAAGAAUGCGAUCCGGAGAAAAUUGGAUUCGAACUGGUCACUGGAUAUGUGUUCUCCGCGCCAUCACAUAUUCUCGACGACAUCCCCGGUACACUUAUGUUGACUGAUUGUUUAGAGCAGUGUCAAGCUAACGACACUUGUCGCGCCGUCAACUACGAAACUGGUCUGUGCGUGCUCUUCAGCUCUGACGCCGACCAACUGCCAGGAGCUUUGACAAAGUCCCAGUUUCCGGUAUUCACGAUCUACGCUCAGAAAUCGUGUUUGGGAGUGAAGCCGUGCGAACGAGCUUGGUGCUUCGACCGAGUCCGCGGAUACAAUCUCAAGGGAUUCGGCAAGAGAACGCAUUCCGUUGAAUCCAGACAAAUGUGCCUCGAUCUUUGUCUAGGAGAAAAUGAAUUCGUUUGCAGAUCGGCGAACUAUAACAACAAAACAGGUGAAUGCGUUCUGUCGAACAUGGAUCGUAUCACUUUAGCUGGCACCAGCGCUUUCCAACCAAACGAGGAUGUUGACUACUUGGAGAACAAUUGUGUGGAGGAGCCAACAAAGUUAUGCGAGUUUAAAAAGAUGAACGGACGCAUUCUCAAGACGGUGGACUCAGUGUAUCAGGAUGUUCAAACUAUCGAAGAAUGUCGUGAAUUGUGUCUCAACUCGCCUUUCCGUUGCCAUUCUUAUGAUCACGGGGACACGGGAGAUCAUGUGUGCCGUCUUUCCCACCAUUCAAAAGCCACGCUCGCUGAUAUCCAGGAUCCCUACUUGGAAGUACCCGAAGCUGCAACUUAUGAACUUUCUUCGUGCUACAAUGUAUCCAUUGACUGUCGAGCAGGUGACAUGGUAGCUCGAAUUCAGACAUCUAAAUUGUUCGAUGGCAAGAUUUAUGCAAAGGGAAGUCCCAAUUCAUGCGUUGUCGAUGUUAAACAAAGUCUCGAAUUCGAACUUCAUAUGGAAUAUAAUAAUAUCGAUUGCAAUGUUAAGCAAAAUGGACUUGGAAGAUACCUGAAUGACGUCGUUAUUCAACAUCACGACACCAUCGUUACUUCGUCUGAUCUUGGUUUAGCGGUAACUUGUCAAUAUGACUUGACCAACAAGACAGUAGCUAAUGAAGUCGACCUUGGAAUUCAGGGUGAGAUCCAGACAGGAUUAACAGAGGAAGUUAUUGUGGACUCACCCAACGUAGCCAUGAGAAUUACUGAUAGAAGUGGAGACGACACUAUUGUCUCUGCUGAAGUUGGAGAUCCAUUGGCACUUCGUUUCGAAAUCAUGGAUCAAAACUCACCAUUCGAAAUCUUUGUUCGAGAACUUGUCGCUAUGGAUGGAGUCGACUCCAGUGAAAUUACUCUCAUCGAUAGCUAUGGUUGCCCUACUGAUCACUUUAUCAUGGGACCUCUCUAUAAAUCUACUGCAAGCGGAAAGACUCUACUUUCACACUUUGAUGCGUUCAAGUUCCCAUCAUCAGAAGUAGUACAAUUCCGUGCUUUGGUGACACCCUGUAUGCCAACUUGCGAACCCGUUCAAUGUGACGGAGGUCCAAAUGAAUUGCGCACAGUUUCAUCAUAUGGACGUAGGAAGAGGCGUUCGACAACUCCCACUGACGAUAUGCUUCUCGUCCAAACUAUUCAAAUCACCGACAAGUUUGGUUUCGACAAACAGAAAGCAAAGAACGUCACCGAAGAUAGCGUUUAUAUCAGAGAGAGUGAUGGUACGUGUGUUAAUGCUGCUGGUGCUUUAUUGGCUGGAGCGGCAUUCAUUGCUGUACAGUUAGUAGUAUUGGCUGCAUGGACCUGCAGUUGGCAGCGCCGACGAGCAGCUGCUAAAGCUGAGCUCCUGCCUGGACCAAACCCUAAUUCACUCUGCAAAGUCUAUGAUGCCGGUUUCUCCCGCGCCCAGAGGCACUUCUGA